AAUCAUGGCUGUGGGUCCGUGUGCAAAUACCAUUCAGUAUAUUAUUACGACGUGUGCUGUGUGUAAUACCAGAGCGAUUUUGCUAAUCGAAUACUUUACAUCUACGUCCAGACUCCGACAACCUGACUUUACGCAUUCAACAUGAGUGAUCCAUGCAACUGCGUUGAAACCGGUGAUUGCCGUUGCGCCGAUGGGAGCUGCAGCGACUGUUCCAACUGCAAGUGUGGCGACAGCUGUAAGUGCAGCAAACCCAACUGUUGUGGCAAGAAUGUGACAUGCAAAUGUGGAGAAAACUGUCAGUGCGGCGUGGGAUGCACUGGGCCAGAUUCGUGCACAUGUGACAGCGGCUGCUCUUGCAAGUGAUGGGAUGGUGUCACACAGUUACAGCGGCAAAUGUCAACACUGAUGAUGAUGUCAUUUGUUGAUAUUCCACGUUAUACAAUCCGCCGCUGCAUUUCUUCAGAUUUUCGUUGGUGGUUCAGGAAUAUUCAGAAAUAUACCUACUAAGGGCACUGUCCUGAUUUGUUUAGUAUUGUCUUCAUUAUUGCCCAAUAUUUAUGAGUUACUUGAGUUUAUAAUUAUUUCUCUGAAUAAAUACAUGUUAAACUAAUUCAAAAUAGAAUAUAAACAAGAAUUUUAUUUUCAUAUAUUUGAAAACAAUUAUUAUUGUAGUAGUUUAAUAACAUCUGUUAUCUCUAAGCAUUUAUUUUAUAACAAUCAGUCAAAGCAAUACGUGAAAUUUAUUUUGAAACUCUUGAUUAGAUUUACCAUGCUAGGUCAUUUCUAUUUUGACAAUGAAUUUCUGUGCUGUGUAGCUGUGUGACUUAAAAAAUAUCACUUUGUCACUUGAUUUUUUUAUAAUUUUAUGUUGUUUUUUUUAGCAUUAUUAGGUUCUGAUGUACAAAAUAAAACAAAGAAACUAAUUAAA